AUGGCCAGAAAGGGUAGUCCGAAAGUCAGAACGGGAUGUAUUACCUGCAAAGCCCGCAAAGUCAAGUGCGACGAGGCUAAGCCUGAAUGCAAUCGUUGUGUGUCAACGGGCCGUAAGUGUGAUGGCUAUCUACCACAGAAACAAGACAAGCAGCGGCUAUGGCCGAAGAACCAACAGCUCUUGGCAAACCCUACUCGCACAUUCCCGGGAAUUGAGACCCGAAACGAAGGUAGAGCGUUGCAAUACUUCUGUGACGUUGCUGGGCCGUUCUUAUCGGGGCCUGCAGACCGAUACUUUUGGACGCAUCUAGUCAUGCAGUUCGCCAACUUCGAACCUGCAGUACGCCACUCGAUUGUCGCCAUUAGCUCCCUUUACGAGCAGCUCCCAUCUGGCUCACCUCAAGGUACCGGGGCCCAGGAUCAGCGGUUAAUACUCACCCACUACAACGCCGCCAUACAUGAGCUGAAGACGAUGACUGCCCCAGAGAAGCAACCAUUGGUUCUCCUUGUCUGCAUCCUCUUUAUCUGUAUCGAAUUCUUGCAAUCAAAUGAUGAAGCGGCCCUCAAACACUGCAAACACGGCAUCACCAUGCUCGCGCAGUGCGGCGUUGGAUACGAGUGGACACGACAAUUCCUCGGGCCGAUUUUUCGACGACUGAGUCUGUUUCCUUUCUUCUUUGGCAGAGAGCACUCUCAUUAUCCGAGUCUCCAUGCCCUAUCUGGUUCCGUGCCGAAAAGUUUUCAGUCAUUUACCGACGCGCGAUCUAUGAUGGACGAACUCUUUACUCGGUCGGUUCGUAUUAUGCGCCUGGGUGAUGACUACCGAGUCGGACAAUUGAGACAUCACCCAUUUCCCGACAGCUUGUACGACGAAGGGAUAGCCGUGAACUUCCUUCUGGAUACUUGGGACACACUUUUCACCACCCUUUUAUCUACUGAUUCAGGGUGCAACACUGCAAUCGCUGAGCGACCGAGUGUAAUAGCGCAACAGUCCUUGCUCAUUCAGUUUGAUGUAUGCCGAAUCAUGGCCGAUAUGGCUGUGGAGAGGGAGGAGGGACCCUAUGACCGUCAUUUAGAGAGAUUCAAGAGUCUGGCUGAGCGCCUCGAGAGUCUGGCGUCGAGCGUACCAAUAGUGGUCAAGGGUGGAGAUGCCCGCUCUGUAAAGUUCACGUUCGACAUGGGAUUCAUGCCCAUCAUGAGUUUCUGCACCCUCAAGUGUCGGGAUCUCAAGACUCGGCUGCGAUUCUGGCGCCUUAUGCCAACCCUCGCCUGUGCACGCGAGAGUCUGUGGAACCUGAACCUGAUGACAGGGUUGGCCCGACGCGUGAUCGAGAUAGAGCACAAUAUCCGGGUUCAUGAUGAUGGCCAGCACACAAUUCCUGACACUUCAGAGCCCCUGACCGAGCGUAUGAGGAUACGACACUUGUGGGCGGAUUCGAUGCCGACAUGCCGGGUUAUACACGGGCAGACUAUCGUUGGCAGGAUUGCGGGAUUCUUUCUAUUAGACGAAGAUGGUAACAUCCACUGUCAGACGGAAUUCUUUGAUGACAUGGAUUACAACAAUGGUUAA